AUGCAUUUGCCUCCACCGACCUGGCUGGUAGUGGCAAUCGAGGCCUCUGGCUUCUUUGUUUCGCCGGCCAGUGCUAUUCGCCUUGCUACCAGUCCAACAUACGAGGGCCGCGGCGUGUGUCCGCAGCGAUGCAGGGAGUCUGGGCCCAGCGUCGACAAAUGGCCCGUCUACCCAGACAUGAAACAACUCAAGAGAUGCUCGGAAAGCGUCUUUUACAGCUUCGGCCUCAAUGACCCCGUCGACAAUAGUGUGGAUGGCGCGCAUCGCAUUUCGGCCUGUACCUCGUCGGAUGAGGAUGACGCCGAGAACACCAUUGAGACGAUCUCUGCUAGAGCCGCUGACAACUCCCCCAGCUCGGACGUCCGCUUCGAGAUUGGUUGGUGGCAGGAGCAGCCUGGCGGAAUAGGAGAGGAGCACCAGUCACUGAUCAGGCAGCUCCGCGGCUACCUCGACGGCGGACACGGGUACUCGGGGGAACAGCCCUUCAUCAUGUUCGCCCGCUCAGGACAGGCCGUCCUCGGCGUCUAUAUCGGACGCGCCCUCAAGUCCCAAGAGCUCAGCACCGUCGCCCUCGGGGCCCUGGAGGCCCGGCUCUCGUCCAUGGGCGCAUCUACCCCAGAGCUCGCCAUGCAGCUGUGCGAGCCCGACUACAGCGGCGCUCACGUCUUUGGCCUCAUGCUGUCGACGAAUGGCACCUUUGGGGCCGCCCAAGAGGCCAUUACGGGGUGGAGGCACGGACGGUGCCUUGCCUUGCCACACUCUGCCGACAUCAAGGGCGAGGUACAAUUCAUCAUGCCGCUCCCAUCUAUGGUCCUUGACAGCAACAUGACCAGCUCCGCAGAUAGCUUUGCCUUUCCAGACUCUGCCGAGAUCGAGGGCCAGGUGCAAUUCCCCAUGCCGCUCCCGUCUAUGGUCCUUGACAGCAACACGACCAGCCCCGAUCUGCUGAAGCCUGGUGCUACUGGUCCCGACCUCCAUCUUAGUGUAGCAGACUGCCGAACCAUCCAGGUCCAGGACAACGACAUCUGCGACACGCUCGCAGCUAGGUGUGGCAUCUCGAGGAAGGACUUCGACAAGUACAACAUCGGCGACGACAAGUUCUGCAACGGCCUCAAGGCCAAGCAGCACAUCUGCUGUUCCGCCGGGUCCAUGCCUGACUUUGCUCCACCUCGGAAUGCCGACGGCUCUUGCUUCACACACAAGAUUGUUGAUGGAGACACCUGCGACAGCCUGUCCGCCGAGUACUCGCUCUCGCACGAUCUGCUGAAUGAGUAUAACCACAAGACGUGGGGCUGGAACACUUGCAAGCACGUCCUGUUCAAGGGGACCGUCAUGUGCCUGAGCAAGGGCAGGCCGCCGUUUCCAGCCAGUUUGCCCGACGCUAUCUGCGGACCACAAAAGCCCAACAGCGUGGACCCCAAGGACGACUCGGACAUUUCCAAGAUGAACCCGUGCCCGAUCAAUGCCUGCUGCAACAUUUGGGGUCACUGUGGUAUCAGCAAGGACUUCUGUGUCGAUACAGGCACGGGAGCUCCAGGCACCGCCGAGCCUGGCACAUACGGAUGCAUCUCCAACUGUGGCAUGGACAUUGUCAAGGGCGAUGGCAAUGGAGCGAUCCGUGUUGGCUACUUUGAGGGCUACUCGAUGAACCGCGAGUGCCUCUACCAGGAUGCUUCCCAGAUCGACAGGAGCGCUUACACGCACGUCCACUUUAGCUUUGGCACCCUGACGCCGGCAUUUGAAGUUGAGACGGGCAACAUCCUGUCAACCUAUCAGUUUGAGCAGUUUAAAAAGAUUCGCGGCCCGAGGCGGAUCUUGUCCUUUGGCGGCUGGGACUUUUCGGCCCUGAACACCACGUACAUGAUUUUCCGCAACGCCGUAACUGACGCCAAUAGGCUCAGAGUAGCAACUAACAUCGCUGAUUUCAUUAAAAAGCAUGACCUUGAUGGCGUUGACAUUGACUGGGAAUACCCCGGCGCUCCUGAUAUUCCCGACAUUCCGCCUGGUGAUCCCGACGAUGGUGUCAGGUACUUGAAGUUCUUGGUCAUCCUCAAAAGCCUUCUGUCAGGCAAGACCGUCUCUAUUGCCGCGCCGUCGUCGUACUGGUACUUGAAACAAUUUCCCAUCAAGGAGAUUGGCGAAGUAGUCGACUACAUUGUCUACAUGACCUAUGAUCUUCAUGGCCAGUGGGAUACGGACAACAAGAACUCCCAGGACGGCUGUGAGAAUGGCAAUUGCCUUCGAAGCCAGGUGAACCUGACCCAGACGAUGCUGUCGCUGGCCAUGAUCACCAAGGCGGGCGUGCCUGGCCGCAAGGUGAUUGUCGGCGUGACGAGCUACGGUCGGACCUACAAGAUGGCCGCGACGGGCUGCUGGGGGCCACAGUGCAACUACUUGGGAGAUAAGGUCAACAGCCCGGCCAAAAAGGGUGUCUGCACGGGCACGGGAGGGUAUAUAGCAGAUGCCGAGAUUCGCGAGAUUAUCGGGAACAAGAAGCGUGCCGGGCGCGUCGUGACGAGCUUCGUCGACGACAGCAGCAAUAGCGACAUUCUCGUCUAUGACAAUGACGAAUGGGUCUCGUACAUGAGCCCGGCAACCAAGAAGACGCGCGCGGCUCUCUACACGGCCUUGGGCAUGGGAGGCACCACGGACUGGGCGAUCGACUUGGAAAAGUACAACGACGUGCCGGCGCCCGCGAGCGACUGGGCUUCGUUCAAGCAAAAGGUGCUCGACGGCGAGGAUCCCAAGAGUGACGACUCGCGCAGCGGCAACUGGACGAACAUUACAUGCACAACCGAGAUGGUAGUACACCAAAAGGAGUACGACGUCUCUACCCUAUGGAGUGGCCUGGGCGCCGACGACGCAUGGUCCGACGUUAAGCGCGUCUGGACCAAGACCGACCGGCCACGGUUCGAGAGCGGCGAGAACCCGAGACUCACCUUUAUGUUUUCUGUUCACGAAACCCUCAAGAUCGAGACCGCUUCUGAGGGCUGCACGAGAGUCUUGGACUCGCAGUGCAACUCUGAUGGCUGCUCCCCCGGCAUGAACGGCGAAUUAUCAGGACCUGCGGGCGAACUGAUUUGGAACUCGCUCGUCCUGAUCCACACCAUGCAUCAGUCGUACUACACGGCCCUCACCAGCGGCGCGUCGACCUUUGGGCUCAAGGUGCAGGACAUGGAGAACACGUUUGCCCCGAUCCCCCCACCCCCGGACAACGAGUCGCUCUUCAUCCUCCUCGAUCUGCUCUCCAUAGGCAUCCUGACGGCUGCAGGACCUUUUUUCAACAACAUCAUCGCCAAGCUGCCCAGAUUCGCCAAACCGGGCAACACGGCAUUUAACAACGCCAAGGACACGACCAUGAACAUGAUCGGCCAGUCGAUUGGUCUGGCCAAGGAUCUGAAGAGCGCACCCAAGGCGGGCGACUGGACCCCGGAGAAACAAGCCACGUUCUCAGCGUACAUGGGCCAGGUCAUUGAAGGCUGGGAAGACAUCACGGCCAAGUCCCUCAAGAAGAUCUUCGACGGCAGCGACGCGUCACUCGCGGUGCUCGACAAACUCCUCGCCAACGGCGCCCUGUACCCCAUGGGCCCCGAUCCAACGUCUGACCUUGAUCUCUUCAAGAACAUUCGCAAGUCCUUUUUUGCGUAUGCGAUUCCGAUCCUGUGGUUCAGGGCAGGCUACUACCCCUUCAUCAUCGACUCCGGGGCUGCCUGCGGCACGAGCAACCCAAUCACCAAGUACAUGACGGAGGACGUGCAGCGGCAGACGGGCGUCUGCUACAACAACCGCAUCUACUUCCUCGCCAUGGUAGAAGGUGACCCACAAGAGUGCACAGAGGUCGACUGCGAGGACCGUAAAUUUGCUGCGCCCCAGGGCAUUACCAGCCUUGAUGGUAAAGACUAUGGUGGACUCACCAGAGAUGACAUUGUCGCUGGGGCGAUGCGUACGUAUGUAAAGAACGGCCUGAAGAAUGGUGCGCAUCCUGGCAGCGUCGACCUCAACAACAAUGACAACACUGAUGCGCUUUACGAAAUGGACAUCACCACGCCGGGGUUCAUUUCCCUCCCUAUCUGUAGCCCCGUGGUCGCAUGGAAGUCGUGGGACGCCACGACCGGGAAUGUAGGCGCCCCAAAGAAGGGUUCGACACCGAACUGGCCGUGUGACGCGGUCAAGGGGCUUUCCAAUUGUGGUGAUUACGAGUACGACAAUGGCAGCACUAAAGACGACUCGCCGUCCGUGGCCGACUGCGAGCAGAUCAUCCGCAACAUCCAGGGGGACACGACCACCGAAUGGACCCAAGCGGUCGUAGGCAAGCCUUGGAGAGACAUCACGGCCAAGGGCUGCAAGUUUUCAUUCAGGGCUUCCAAGAUCGACGGUAACUCCGAAUUCUACGUUGGCGGACAGAACGUAAUAGACCUCAUCGAGAAGUCCGUCAAGGACUAUGCCAAGGACGGCAAGGUCUCUGCCAGUGGUCAUAUGAAAUGCGGAGCCACUGUGAAGAAGCAGGUAACCGAGUGGAAGCUUCAGAAGAAAUAG